CCUGGUUUGGAGCCGGACCCCAGGCUGGAAAGAAACUUUCUCCAGGCCAGUAACUUGGCAGCGGCGGCCGCGCCUCGCCGCGCUCCACUGGGGGGCUCCUGCGCCGGCUGCUCCCCCCGCGCCUGUCUCAUGCGAGCAGCGGCUCCAGGGGGGCUCCGCGCCCCGCCGGGGGCUCUGCUGGCCGCCGGCUACUUCGUGCGAGUGCUGCUGCUGCUCGCGGCCCGGGCCUCCCCGGCGGCGGACCCCCCUGGCCUCGGCCAGCAUCCGCCCCCUUGCAAAGACAUCGCCGGGAGCCGCCCGGUGCACGGAGCCCCCCCUCCCCUCGGGGCCGGGGCCGGGGUCUCGGUGGCCCUUGCCGCUGGCUCGCGGUUUCCUGCCCCCGAGGAGUCACCCCGCCUCCCGAGCGGCGGGCGGUGCAGCCAGACGGCAGCCCAGGUUGUUACAGAUAAGCAACGGAUUCGAAAAAAGAGAGACUGCUUCGGUAUGACAGCUGUAGAAUUACCGGGAACAGGAUUACAGGGAACAAAUGAAGGCCAUGAUCUGCUUUUGACUUCCGCAGCACCAGAUGUUCAUGGGAUCCAUUCACUGUUUGCCUUGAUCCCCUCGUGGACAAAGAAGAUUUUGUUCAAACGAGAGUCUACCAUUAACCAGCAGCUGCCGGAAGGUGUGCCAAGAAUUUCAGUGUCUUCUGGGUAUGGGAUAACUCUUCAGAAAUGUGCAGUGGUGGCUACUGAACAUGAUCUCCAAACUGCAUAUGUAAGGCUUCUGAUAAAUAAUACCAACACACCAUCUGCAUCCAAUGUCACAGAUCUCAUUCUGCUGGACAAUAUUACUGGCCUCCAUGUUCAAGGAACCAGUGGUAAUAAGACUACAGAUGGGUUCCAGAUAUAUAAGAGAGGAUUCCUGCAAGUUGGAGAAUACUACUCAGUCAACUACAUUGCAUUUCUUGAUGCAAAAGAAACCUGGGAUGGCAAAGUCUUGACACUGCCCGCUAAAUUGACCUUCAACAGUUCAUCACUGAACAAAACACAGCAUAGUUUGACUGCAUCAUUCACCAUAACAGGAGAGGAAAAGACUAAGAUUUUGUACAGCCAUGGCAUCCAUGCUUCAGGAUUCUUCGUUGCUUUCGUUAUUUCUUUUGUAUUAACAUGUUUUGCUUUUUUUGCUGUUUACCAAACUAGAAGAUUAAAAUGGAGUUUCCUUAAUGAAAAACAGGAGAUACGAUAUGAUCUUACUCUAGAUCACAAACUGGAGUAUUCACAGUUUAAUUCAGGAGAUCCCUUUAAUGAAGAUAUCAUUAUGAAUGACCAAAUCAUUGAGAUACUGGCCUUUGAAGACUCCAAGAACAUGCUUCAAGCUUUAGAAGACUUGAAGGUAGCAAAUCUGACUCGUGCAGAUGCUGAUCUGGAAGCAUAUCGAAUGCAGAUGUGCAAAGAGGUGAUUGCCAUGUUGAUGAAGAACAUGGUUUUCAGACACAAUCUCUCUCCUAAUGUGGAGAAAAGGAUGGGUUCAAUUCUCAAAAAGCAAUUUUUUGCAAUGGAGAAUGAAGUUCAGGAGGAGUAUACGAGGAAGAUGGUGGCUUUAACCGCAGAAUGUAAUCUAGAGACUAGGAAGGAAAUGGAGGCUCAGCACCAACGAGAGAGAGCUGCAAAUGAUGAGGCUGAAGAAUUAAUCAAGCGACUGAAUGAGAAGUCUGCUAUAGAAUACAGAUGUCUUCUGGAAAAAAUUCACAAACUUGAGCAGAACCACAUGAAGAGGUUCCUUUUGGUGAGGCAGGAGGAGUACUUCGCAAAAGCUUAUCGACAGCUGGCUAUUUUCCAGAGAACAGAGCUCCAUAAUGCCUUUUUUACACAGAUAAAAAAUGCCAUUUUCAAGGGAGAAUUGAAGUUAGAAGCAGCCAAAGCAUUAGUGCAGGAUUACUCUAAAAUACAGGAGGACAUUGAAGAGCUAAUGGAUUUUUUGCAGGCUAAUAAGAAGUAUCAUCUGAGUAAAAGAUUUGCUUACAGAGAGUACCUAAUAAAUAAUAUACAUUUAUGGGAUUCCCAAGCCUCUUCUCUCUUGAACACAGCAGCAAGCCAGAUAACAAGUCUCAUUAACAAGACAGAAAGAGCUGGUCAUUUGUCUGAAAAUCAUUUGGGAACACUUCUAGACCAAGCUCAGACAGAAGUUCAUUCUGUUAAACAGAAGUUGGAUCAUAAUUUAAAACAGGAAAAGCAAAGGCUUCACCAGAAACUCGUUACUAAGAGAAGACGAGAAAUGUUGCAAAAGCAGAAAGAACAAAGAAAGGAGCAGAUGUCGAUAGGAGACACUUUCAAAACCACUAAAGAGGUUAGCCACUACUUGAGCCACUGGCAAAAGCUUCUGACUGAUCAUGCUGUUGAAUUUGAAGAGCUUAUUGAAAAGCUUGAUAAUGAUGCCAGUGAAGAAAUAAAAGUGCUUAGAUUCACUUUGACAGAGAAAGCUAUUGAUGAACUUAAACGCAUUCAGUAUGGAGUAAUCACUCAAGAAUUGUUAAAACUGAAUGUGCCAAAGCCAUUCCUGCAACAAAUUGUUGAGGAGCAUAAAAAGGAAAUUGCUAUUCAGACUGAACAGCUUGAAAAAGAAGAACAUGACAAAAAUAUGGCCACUGGAGAAUGGCUUGAGAAUACCAGGCAAAAACUGAGCCAAGAGCUGGAACACAGCAUUGCAGAACAAAAAAAAUUAAGGAGUUGGGAACAGUUAGUGUUCAAGAGACUUUUAAGUUUGCCCCUUUCAUUAUCUGAAGAGGAAUUGCUGAGAAUGAGGCAAGAGUUCCAUUGCUGCUAUUCUCAGAUGGACAAUAACUUAGCUUUGCCCAAGAUUCGGAAAAGAGCUUUGCUUCAGGCAUAUCAGUCGGCGUGGAGGGAAGCGGAGCUGCUGAAAGUGGAUCAGAACUCAGCAGUAUCCGACAAACAGCCACAGCCCAAUAUCAAAAAACAACGAUCCAAGAAUAGAAAUAAGAUAGAUGUUCUGAAAAAAUCUUUGGAGGAUAAAAUUCGCAUCUAUGAAGAACCGAUUACAGAUGAAAAUUUGAGCAAGGUCCAUAAUGAGUUGCUGCUUGAAAAGGAGAAUCAGUUGCAUUCUCGGGAGAAUAAACUUGGAGAGUCCAUUGCGGCUUUACAGUUCCAAAAGACUGAUAAGAAGUCCAAAACAUUGGAGAUUUACACCGCUAUCAUAAGUGUACAAGCUUUGCUUCUGGAAGAAUUGAGCACGUCAAAAAUACUAUCGGAAUCAGAGUGUACCCAAAUUUUAGAGGCACAUAAUCCUGAGAUUGAAGAACUUGACAGAAAGUUGGAAUAUGAAAUGUUACAUAAGGAGACGGCUCAGCAGCAGCACCUAUUGAAUAGGCAGAGAUGGACUCCAGAUGGAUUGGGACUUUCAGAUGAAGUUGUGGAAAUUAAUGCAGAGAGACAGGUGUCUGCUCUGCUGUGUCAGGCAUUGAAUAAGUGUAAGCAAUUAGUAAAUCUGCAUCAGCAAAGCUUACAAGAAGAGCAAUGGAAUGAUGUGGUGCUUGAAGAUCUUCUGGAGAAUAUAGAAAUGGAUACAUUUUUGGCACUUUACAGCCAGGAGCUCCAAUUGGCAGCUUAUUUAACCAAACUGACAAUGGUACCGGUGGGGAUGUUGCACAGACUGCUGAACUUACUGCUGCCUUCGAGUUCACAGACUGAGCUGCUUUCUGUUCUGGAUUCAAUCAGUGACAGAUAUUCAGACAGUGUUAUGGAAAGUGACAUAAAUGUAGAGGAAGCUGACAGCUGUAGAAAGAGGAAGCACCAAGGGUCAUGGCAAGCAUUAGAAAGCAAAGUAAGGCAGGAUCUGAUAAGCAAAGGCUUGGAGAAGAUGCAUUCUGCAAACAGGAGUAAAGAAAGCCUGCUAAAGAAGAAGCAACUUGCACUCAUGGAAAGAACAUCAUUCUCACCUCUCGGAUGUUUGUCUAGACACCCUCCUGUGGAACCUUUUGGCCAGCCUGAUUCAUUGAACACUGCUGCUGCAGAAGCCAUUGAGCUAUUAAACACAGGGGAGAAGAUAUUUUUGUUCCGUGAUGAAAGGGAUCCCAUACUUACUUUGCAUAGUUCUCCAAGAAAAAAGAAAAAGAACUUCCUAAAUUCCAAGAAGACUGCAUUGGCAAACACGGGCUAAUGAGGGAGAUAGCCAUUCAGUGCAGCAAUUAGUGAGAGGAAGUUUAUUUCCAAAUAAGGGUCAUGAAAAAGGAGAAAAUCAUCUGAGUCAUUGUUAAAAAACAAUUUUUGUCUAACUUGCAAUAGUUUGAUUUUUGCAUUGUAAAUAGUUUUUAUUCUUAAAACUGGAUUUUGAGCUCGUCAUCCGGCAGCGCACAAUCUAUAUCUAUUAACUACACCGGACCCUGGCUAGAAUGGGGGAUUUGAGAUCCAUGCGUGGUACCGCGUUAACGCGGGGACCACAUUAAAAUGAAUUGCAAUUAAAGUAAUUAAAUUUGGGAUCCAUGGCCGUGACCGCGUUAUAUGCGAAUUCGCGCUAUAUAUAUGCGCGUUCUAGCGAGAGUCUGGUGUAUUGUUUUUAGUGCACACAGGAGCAGUAGGUGAAUUUGUGUCAUACUCUGUGAUACAUAUUACAUAACUGAGGGCAGGAUGUAGUGCUCAUAUAAUUCAUUGUACCAGGUUUGUACUCUCAGCGUAUGCGCAGUGUGCCUAGCCAUUUGAUAGCAUCGUCUUCAGCCAGGUGAAGAGCUCGUAGCUCGCCAUCAGCGGGCACUUGUCAAGGAUAUGCAACAUAGUCUGAAGUUGACCACAUCUAUAUCGUGGGCCAUUAGUGAAACCCCAUUUGAAGAGAUUGGCCACACAAUUGCCCUGUCCUGUUUGAAACCAGUUCAGGGAAGCCCACACGUGCCUUGGCAGGUCAGAUAGUUGGGUCGGUGACGAGAGAGUGAUUAAUGACUAUCAUUGCUGACCACUUAUUAUGCCAAGCAGAUUCCACCAUCAUGUCCUGUGGUGGUAUAGUAUCUAGAAGACUGAAGACAGGUGAAGUUAGCAGGUGGUUGAAGAGGUCUGAGUACAGGGGCAAGUCACAUUUCUCACGGAUGUUGGCCAGGAGCAUGAUGGAGACCCCCUCGUGGCGAAUAUGGGGCGGAGCUAUGUUACUAAGUAUUGGCAGCCAUGGCAGUGGAGUUGCAUAUAACAUCCUGCUAACUGUGCAUAGCUUUGUUAAGCUGUACAUCGACCAGCCUCGUGUGAGAUGAGCGACAGCAGACAGGAGCACAGUACUCUGCUGUUGAAUACUGAUUUGACUGUUUGCUAUAUUUUUAUUAUUGUUUAUAUGUCAUGGUAACUUAUGUGAAAGCAACCCCUGAUUAAUUAUUGCAGGAUACAGUAUUAAAUACAGAUAAGGAUGAGGAAGAACUGUAUACCAACUAACUGUGGUAAUUAUUAAUAAAUAGUUUGUUAAUAACCACUA